AUGCUUUCUGUGCUACGUUUCCACAUUGAUCUAGUUCACGCACGCCGUCAUUGCUUUCCCCUAAACUGGAUACAGUCAGCUUCCGCUCAAAGAGUGACCGAAACAGCUUCAUCAAUCGCAGACCACGGAAUAUUUCACGGCACAUCUCAUGUCUCUGGCAGUGCGAAAGGUAUACUCCUAGCCUCCGAUCUGGAGCUCAGUUUCUGGGGUGGAGUCGACCAUGUUAAUGGAGAGGUGGUGGAUCGUUACCAUCCCCUCAGUCGCCAGUGCCUGACAGACAAGACUUUAGCAAUUCCCGGUGGACGGGGGUCAUGCUCAGAGAGCACAACAAUAUUCGAGUUGAUAAUCAAUGGCAAUGGGCCAAAAGCACUUAUUUUCGAGCGGGCUAACCAGAUCCUUGCGGUUGGCGCCUUCACCGCUGAGGAGCUGUUCAAGAAAACCAUCCCCAUGAUAGUUAUAGGUCCCGAGGACCACAGAAAAGUAUUGGGUAGGAACGAGAGGGAAGUUCAUGUUCAAGACUAUCGUAUCUCAAUGUUACCCCCUGGAGCCCGGGAGCGGUGA